GAUAAUGCAGGUCACUCACCUGUCAUCCUGUCAGUAUAGUGCCGUUUGUUGAUCUACAAAUGUUAAAAUCUACUUACUUAUUAAAAUGCUACGUGUUUAAUGUAAACGAUUUAUUGUGUGAUAAACAAUAAGACAUCCACAAAAUGUCUAAACAUCCGGCAGUGAUAGAAAUCAAAUCAUUAUGAUUUUGCAGGAUAGGAACACUUUAGUAAGAUAAUAGAAUAACAUGCGACUGAAACGCACAAACUUUAUACUAGGAAUAUGUGUAAUAACUUGGGCUUUAGUGUUAUAUUUUGCAUUCCUGUCCCAUCUAACAAGUAAAAGUGAACCAAAUGGAAACGUUGACAAACAAAUCAUGAUACUGGAACAAGGCAUAUCAGAACAGUUUAAAAUAAAUAAUGACAUGAUCCAUGACGCUAGGAGGUUUUUACAAAUAAAAAGCCAAGGAGAUGUUAGCAAAAGUAGUAUAAAGGAUUUUCAAGACUUUAAAUUACCAGUACUAGUAUUUGCGUGCAAUAGAGUUGGUGUCAGUAGGUGCUUAGAUAGGCUUUUGCAAUAUAGACCAGAUCCUGAUAAAUUUCCAAUAAUAGUGAGCCAAGACUGCAAUCAUGAGGAAACAACCGAAACUAUUAGAAGAUAUGGAUCUCAAGUGUCACUUAUCCAGCAACCAGACCAAUCUGAUAUUCAGGUACCCCCUAAAGAAAAAAAAUUCAAGGGAUAUUUCAAGAUAGCGCGCCACUACGGCUGGGCCCUCAACCAAAUGUUUUUUAAUUUUAAUUUUAGUACUGUUAUUAUAGUUGAAGACGACUUGGAGGUAGCUCCAGACUUCUUUGAAUAUUUCCUUGGUACUUACCCAAUUUUAAAUCGUGACCCGACCCUUUGGUGCAUUUCCGCCUGGAACGAUAAUGGAAAGGAGGGUCUAGUGGAGGAAAAUCACCCAGAUCUGUUGUAUCGCACUGACUUUUUCCCGGGUUUGGGUUGGAUGUUGACAAAGUCCUUGUGGCUGGAAUUGUAUACCAAAUGGCCGAGGGCUUAUUGGGACGACUGGAUACGCGAUCCAUUGCAGAGAAAAGGCAGGGCGUGCAUUAGGCCAGAAAUAUCGAGAACGAGGACGUUUGGCAAAGUUGGGGUUUCAAAUGGGAUGUUUUUUGAAAAGCACUUAAAAUACAUAAAACUGAACGAGAAGUUUGUGCCUUUUACCAAAAUGAAUUUGAGUUAUUUAUUAAAGGAUGUGUAUGAUAGGGAUUUUAUUCGAGAUGUUUACCAAAGCGUGAUAGUCAGUUACCAGGAACUGAAAGGAGGCAAAAUUGCUCACGAUGGACCUGUAAGGAUUGUUUAUCGCUCAAAAGAAGAGUAUAAAUUAAUCACGAAAAAAUUAGGACUCAUGGAUGAUUUUAAAAGUGGGGUUCCUCGCACUGCAUACAAGGGUAUUGUCACUUUCCAUUAUAAGGGACGAAUGGUGCAUUUAGCUCCCAAUUUGAAUUGGAAAGGUUACGACUUGACGUGGAGCUAACCUUAAGAUUCCUAGUUACUUACACAAUUCCAUGUUUGAUAUUAAUAUAUUUGUUGUUUUAUGUUUGCACAUUCAAAAUGUGAACUGUUGGAAUUUUAAUUUUGUUCUAAUCAAGUUAAAAAUUGUGAUAAAGUUUUUAAUGGCGACUUGUGAGGUAGGCUGCGAUAACAAAUGGCAGCAUUUGAAAGUAGCCCACUAAAAUAUGUAUAAGUUCAAAUAUCGAUUGCUCGAUAAAUUGUUAUACCAAUUUAAGACAAGUACAUGGAAAGCGAGCGAGUUGUCAAUAUUCUACUAUAUUCUAAAAGUUUUUGCAUAUAGAAUACAGAAGGCGAUUACAUAAAAUAUGUAGAGUUCAAUUAGCAAUACCAUAUGUUCUAAGUUUUGACAGCUCAUUCGCAACAUAUGGACCGCGCUUCUUAAUGUAAAUAAAAGUGAAUAAUAAAAUUGUACAAAUUUA